CUCUCGAUGCAGGAAAAGUGUAGACAAAACUGAUAAGAACGCCCUCAUAUGCGAGUCGGUUUGAGAGCAAUCAAGAGCUACACUUCCUGGGUUCGUCAGUUUGCUCCUAGCAGUGUGGCACUAAACACUUCCCCGUGAGCGCUGUCCAUAGUGUUUCCCUUAAAAAAUGUAUCAUCUAAGAAUAAGUGCAAUUCUAGUGGCCACCAUCUACCUAACAGGCGUGACAGAGGCUGUCAUCUAUCAGUGCGAUCAUUACAAUACCGAUGGCGAGUAUACCGUGCGCCAUUGUACCCUGCACGGCGUCACCGUCGUGCACGAUGCGGCCGACAUAGACUUUUCGUCCGAAUAUCCGCGCCCGUACUGGUUCGACUUUCAGCACUCACAGAUGGACGAAAUCCCGCGCGCCCUCUUCACCACCUUUCCCGAGAUGCAAACGAUCGACUUCCGGGAGACGGGCAUCGAGAACAUCAACAAGUUCACGUUCGAGAACGCCAAGCAGCUUCGGCAUCUGUUUCUGCGCCGCAACAAGCUUACUUCGUUGAACAACUUUAUCUUCAAGGGCUGCGACCGGCUCGAGUGGCUCGAUCUGUCGCACAACCAGCUGCAGGAGGUGCGGAACAAAACGUUCCACGACAUUCGGACGCUGACGCGGCUCGAUCUCAACCACAACCGGCUGACCGUGCUGCCGGAGGAGGUGUUUUGGGAGCUGCCCGAGCUAGCCCACCUGUCGCUCAACGACAACCAGCUGGUAGUGCUGGACCGGGAGACCUUCUUCCACAGUCGGAUCGUUUCGCUGAACCUAAACUUUAACCGGUUGCGUGAGGUCCACAUGGUGGACCGAUUUCAGUCGUGGCAGCGGGUGCAUUUGCGUGGCAACCAGCUUACCAGCGUGGAGAUACCGCCGGUUCCGGUUGAGAUCGAUGUGUCGCACAAUAACCUGACAACGAUUUUGGUCAGCUACUCGAACAUACUGGUGGAGUCACUCGACCUUUCCCACAAUCUGUUCGCGGACAUUAGCAACGUGUCGGCGCUGAACUUUCUGCACACACUGGACGUAUCGUUUAACGCGCUCCAGUCACUGCCACUGACCACCUUUCUGAAGAUGAAGCAACUGGCCCGGCUGAAUCUGGAAGCCACCAAUCUGACCACCCUCGUGCACGGUCUGUUCUCGCAGCAGUCGAACCUUACCUGGCUGGAUGUGUCGUUCAACCGGCUGCAGACGAUCGAUCUUACCGUGCUGACGGCGGCGGCCAAGCUCGAGCAUCUGCACAUCGACGGCAACAAUCUGACCAGCGUCGGGUACGGGCGGCUCCCGGCCAUGUUCCCCUCGCUCACCUAUCUGGGGCUGUUUGCAAAUGCCUGGAACUGUUCCUAUCUGGUCGAUCUGGUGCACUUCUGUCGGCAGCACUCGAUCAACGUUGCGCCGCAGAAAUCGUACGGCACUACGCUCGAUGCGUCCAACGUGCAGGGCAUCUACUGUAAGAGCUCCCAAAGCACGGUGCUGCCAGUGGUAACACCCAUCGAGCAUCCGAUCGACACUGCGCCACCGUCGGCUGAGCUUUCCAUCGAUCGUUUGCUGGAGAUGAUGCAGGAGAUGAACAAAACGACGGAGCAGCUGGUGCAGGAAAUGAUGCGGGCGUUGCAUCAACGCGCCACCGGUGCCAUUGGGACUCCGGUAGUGACCGCUUCCUGUACCGCCCUGCACGCCUACAACUAUCAGGUGUUCAUUUUGCUGAUACUGUUCGCGAUCCUGAUCCUGAACGUGGGCUUCCUGCUGUGGGUGCAUCACAAUGCGAACGUACGGCGGGCCGUCGAUCGGAUGAUCCUCUUCCGGCGCGAACAGGGCGCCUCCAUUCAAACGGCACUGCACGAGGAUUUGUGAGUGGGUUGCUUGCAGAGGGUACACUGGUUUUUAAGUAGUAGGUUUAAGUAAAAACUUAAAAAAAUAGUUUUAAAAGGGAACAGCAGUAACAUAAAUCGAUGCAUGUUCAGCAAGAGCAAUUCAAUGUCGGCAGUAGGUUUAAUUAAACAAAAAAUCCCCCAUACCCGGCCCGCCCCGAUAAAUGCUGCUCAUUAUUGAAUACAUUUUAAGCAAUAAUACCAUUGUGUAUCAUUUUUCUACAGCCGGACCGGAGGCAAUUUUCCCAUUAACAUCAUCAUUCGGUAGAGAUCACCGUCGCUUGCUGCACGAUUGUUAAUUAUCCUCGCUGCUCGUUAUGGAGUUACGGAACCACUUUUUUCUGUUUCGUUUGUUUGCUUGCGUUUGCUGUUACCCCACUGUGUUUCUCCUGGAUGCGGAUCGUCCUUUAAUGACAUCGGAAUGAGCAAGGUGCAUCGGCAUUUUUUCACCUCCCUCGUGUGCGUUGCCGGAAGUUGAAUGGGAAGUGUUCGUUUUUUUUUUUGCGCUCGUCUCCCCACCAUGUUCGAUUCCUUUUGUCUGUACAGCGAGACCGAAUUAUCAGCGCUCGUUCGCUCGCUCUUUGUCCCGCACACGCUCCUGUGCGCUGAUAAAUAAAUAAUGCUCUCCCCCCCCCCCCGUUAGGGUCGUAAAAUUAA